UUACAUCAUCACCAAUCUUCAUAGCUCUGCUAUUACUGCCACAACCACCGCCACCAUUUUUGAAGCAAAACUUUAACAAAACUCUUCAUAAUCUCCAAAACCAGAGACCCUUUUGGCUCUUCUCUCGAAAGUUCUCAACUUUUUCCUCAGUUUUUGCAUGGCAGUGACCCUCUUGGCACAUGUGGUAUCUGACCUCUGUCUCGGCAAGCCGGCGCUGAGGGCUCUUUCGGUGACCGCCUCCAUUGCCGAUGCUCUUUUCGUGCUGAAAAACUCCGAGGAUAGCUUCAUCAGCGUCUGGGAUUGUGACCACAGCAAGGUGCACGAAAGUGGUGCUACCUCUUUCUGUCGAUGCGUUGGCAAAAUCUGUAUGGUGGAUGUGAUUUGUUAUCUUUGUAAAGAAGAAAACUUGCUAUCUCCUUCUGAUGCUUUGAAGGCAUCUGUCUCUGUGCUUCUCCCUAGGAUCCCUGGUCUCGUUAUGCAUGUGGAACCAUCUUGCAGUUUACUGGAAGCAAUUGAUCUUAUCCUUGAAGGGGCACAAAAUCUGAUAGUGCCAAUCAAGAACAGACUGAGCACAAGAAGAAAACAGCUUCAAAAGCUCUCACCCAGCAGCCCAACAAGCCACAAUAGCAGAGAAUUCUGUUGGUUAACCCAAGAAGAUAUAAUUAGAUUUAUCCUCAGCUCCAUUGGCCUUUUCUCUCCAAUUUCGACACGUUCCAUUGAUGAUCUCGGCAUUAUCAGUAGUAAUAUCAUUGCUGUGGACUAUGACUCCCCUGCCACAAUGGCCCUUGAAGCAAUCUCUCAGUCACUCAUUGAUCAAACCUCAGUGGCCGUAGUUGACACUGAUGGCAUUCUGAUAGGUGAGAUCUCACCCUUGACGCUUGCUUGCUGCGAUGAGACGACGGCUGCCGCCAUCAUAACACUCUCCUCUGGGGACCUUAUGGCAUAUAUUGACUGUGGAGGACCCCCGGAGGACCUUGUCAGGGUGGUGAAAGACAGGCUCAAAGAAAAAGGCCUAGAAGGAAUGUUGCAACAAUUCAAUGUGGACUCCAAUUUGCUGCCAUAUUUAACUGCAAGUUCUUCCUCAGAUGAGGAAUCAAUGACAAAGGUAGCAAGAUCAGGAAAGUUUAGCAGGUCAAUGAGCUAUUCAGCAAGAAUGGUGAGGCGGGCAGAAGCCAUUGUUUGCCACACAAAGAGUUCUCUUGUUGCAGUGAUGAUUCAGGCAGUUGCACAUAGAGUGAAUUAUGUUUGGGUUAUAGAGGAGGAUUGUAGCUUGGUUGGAAUUGUAACCUUUAAUGAUAUGUUGAAAGUUUUCAGGGAACGUUUAGAGAGCAUGGCCUGAAAGAUGAGGAAGCUUGUUUGUGAAGUUUUGGCUUAUCAUCUGAAGGGUCCUGUAAGUGAAGCCAAGUUGAUAGAGAAGAUGGAUUAAAAAUAAUUGGCUAGAGUUGUUUGAAUGAAGCUUCUUUUUGGUUUUAAUCAUUUGGGUUGCGGAAUUCUAAGUUUGGUUAGCAUGAUUUGUACUGUUUGGUUACCUUAAAUAUACUUUUUUUAAAGUAAAA